CCCCCUCAGCCGUCGUGGAUCCUCAGUCAGUUUAGCGCGCGCUCGAGUGAAAUUUCAAGUGUGAAGUGUGAGUGCGCGCGCGGUGUGUUUACCGCUGUCGGCACCGAGGGUGCGGGUGAUCUCCCCCCGGGCGGACGGGGAAUAUCACACGGCAACAGCGGGAGGGAGAGCCGGCAGCUCCGAGCAGUUUAAGCUUUGAUCAUGACGACCAAAAGUGGAUCUUUAACUGAAGUUAAGGAAGAGCCAGAGCAAAUUGAAGAAGAUCAUUUUGAAGUUUCGGAUUCUCAAGAACCUGUCAACGUAAAUCAAGAACAGCAGAAUGAUGUCAAAGAAGUUGAACAGCCAGAUUCCAUAGAGCAACUUCUGAAAGAACAGGAAAUAAAUUCUCCAACUUCACAUGCAAGUGCCCAAGCUAGUCCUUCUAGCAGUGACAAAAAGGAGCAGACAGUCAGUAAAGGGCUGUCACGAUUUUUACCUGGAUGGCUUAAAAAGCAAAAGUCACUAUCCACAGUAGAAACGACAGAAGACAAGGAAGCUGAGAAGGACAUUCCUCAAGCUGAGGACAUACAUCCAGUUGAGGAAGAACAGCCAGAGCCGGUAUGUACUUCAUCAGAGCAGGAAGUAAAGAAAGAGGAGGAGGUGGAAGAAGAGGCUAAGAAAGAUGAAACAGGGGAGCAGCUUUCAAUGAAUUCUGCAGAGUUACAGCCAGUUAAAGAGAAGAUUGUAGAAUCAUUGGAAAAAGAUGCAAGUGUGAAUAAUGCAGAUGUGAUAACAGAAAAGAAAAAGGAGGAAAGUGACAAAGGUGAAGAACUUCAGAAAGAUGAAGAUACAAGCAAAAGGUCCCCUCUGAAAAUUCCCAAAAAAGUCAAGAUUGUGCAAUGCAAAGUCUUUAUGUUGGAUGGUUCAGAAUCCAGCUAUGAAAUUGAGAAACGUGCCAAAGGCCAGGUACUGUUCGACAAGGUGUGUGAGCAGAUCAAUCUGUUGGAAAGGGAUUAUUUUGGGCUCACAUUUCGGGAUGCUGCAGAUGAAAAGAAUUGGCUGGACCCAGCAAAAGACAUAAAGAAGCAAAUUCGAAAUUGUCCUUGGCAGUUUUCCUUUAAUGUAAAAUUCUAUCCUCCUGAUCCUUCGCAAUUAACUGAAGAUAUCACAAGAUAUUACUUAUGCCUUCAACUCCGUCAAGAUAUCGUAAGUGGUCGUUUGCCAUGUUCUUUCGUCACUCAUGCCCUUCUGGGUUCUUGCACAUUGCAAGCGGAACUUGGGGACUAUGAUGCAGAUGAACAUAAAACCGGCUAUGUCUCAGAAUUACAGUUUGCACCAUGCCAGACAAAGGAAUUGGAAGAGAAAAUCUGUGAACUGCAUAAAACUCACAGGGGUUUAACUCCAGCCCAGGCUGAUGCUCAAUUUCUGGAAAAUGCCAAGAUGCUUUCCAUGUAUGGAGUUGACUUGCAUCAUGCUAAGGAUUCGGAAGGUGUGGAUAUUAUGUUGGGCAUAUGUGCAAAUGGCCUGCUGAUCUACAAGGAUCGUCUCCGAAUUAACCGUUUUGCUUGGCCAAAAAUUCUUAAAAUUUCCUAUAAACGAAGCAAUUUUUACAUUAAAAUUCGACCUGGAGAGACAGAGCAGUUUGAAAGUACUAUUGGUUUCAAGUUGCCUAAUCACCGAGCAGCAAAGCGAUUGUGGAAGGUUUGCGUGGAGCAUCACACUUUCUUCAGGCUGCUAUCCCCUGAACAAACUCCAAAAAGCAAGUUCUUGACUUUAGGUUCAAAGUUCCGUUAUAGUGGCCGCACGCAGGCUCAAACACGGGAGGCCAGUACUCUCAUAGACAGGCCCGCACCUUAUUUUGAGCGUACUUCGAGUAAGCGACUGUCCAGAAGUCUUGAUGGAGCCCCAGUAGAUGGCAUUAAUGAGGUGGGCCUGCUGCAAGAUUCCUCUUCUCUAAAUGUUCCUCAGAGUUCAACAGCAGAGGUGACUGCCACCAAAGUUGGUGAAAUUAAAGUAGAAGCAACUGAUGAAAAGAUAGAAGCAAAAGGCAAAACGACUCCUUCAAGAGAAUCACAACUAGAAAUGCCUAUGGAAAUGAAGAAUAAAUCAUUGAGCAUAGAAGGAGAAAAUAUUUAUAUCAGACAUAGCAAUUUAAUGUUGGAGGACCUUGAUAAGACGCAGGAGGAUCUAUUGAAACAUCAAGCUAGCAUUAGCGAACUAAAACGCAGUUUCAUGGAAUCCACACCUGAACCACGUCCAAAUGAAUGGGAAAAUCGACUAACCAAACCCUUAUCACUGCAAACAGAAGGGAGCUUAGAAGAGGAGAUAACAUCGCUUUUACUUAGUAAAGAGAGCUUCUCACCAGGCUUGAUGACUUCCUUCUCGUCUGCUAUUUCUCAGGCAUCAGAGGGUGCUGGGUUGAAAGAAAAAGCUGCUGCUGAAUCUGUUUCUCUCAUAUGCUCCAAGCAGUUGUCUGAGGAUCAUGCUUCAAGAACAGAAGGGUUUCCAGCAGGAGCCGAAGAUAUUGGCAAGAGCUCAGAUGAGAAACAGAAAUCCGAGACGGAGGAGCAGGCAGAGGUUGUAGUGGAAGAAACAAUAGUGAUUGAAGAGGUAAAGAGAGCACCUGGCCAUUCAAAAAUAAAACUUGAAAAAGCUGUUGAAUGUAGCACAGUUGUGCCCGCCUGUAAGGUGCCAUCAAAAGAGGGUCAUGCCUCAUCUUCCGAUAGCCAUAGUGAGAGUGAGGAAGAGGCAGAAUACCACCCACAGACCAAGGAAGGAGAAAAUGUAAAGAGAGAAAAAAAUGAAUUUAAGACAUUAACAACAGUAGGGAUGGAAUCCAAGAUUUCGGUCACAGAAUUUGACAAAGUACGUUUUCCUAUGGUACAUAAAAUGCAGGAUGUCCCGGAGGAAAGUUUGCAAGAAUUGCAAAAUGGAGAACUUCAGGAAGCAAAGCACCAGCAAGAAGACACAAGACCCAAGCUAAAUGGAGAUGUUUCGUAUGUUGAUAGUGAUGUUGUGCCAGAAGUUAUAUGUUGCUCAGAGCCUCCUGUGGUAAAGACAGAAAUGGUGACAAUCUCUGAUACAGUGAGUCCUGACAAGACUGAAAUUGCAACUAAAGAAGUUCCAAUUGUUCAAACAGAGACUAAAACCAUUACGUAUGAAGCUACCCAGGGUGAUGGCAGUGGAGACAAUGAGCCUGGUGUCCUGAUGAGUGCUCAAACUAUAACUUCUGAAUCUAUUUGUACAACAAUGACCACCCAGAUUACCAAGACUGUGAAAGGUGGAGUCUCUGAAACAAGAAUUGAAAAGCGAAUUGUAAUCACAGGGGAUACAGACAUUGACCAUGAUCAGGCCUUGGCCCAGGCAAUAAAAGAAGCCAAAGAACAGCACCCAGACAUGUCUGUCACCAGGGUAGUGGUACAUAAAGAAACAGAGCUCACUGAGGAUGGGGAUGAAUGAGUUAAGAAAUGAAUAUUGCCUGAAAUUAAAUGACGAUCUUUACCAUCAGAGUGACCACUGCCACGAAUAAUAACGCAAAAUUUCCUCUGAGCAUUAGCAAGUAACAUCCUACGUAAAAGUUGCACGUAGUGUGAAUAUCUGAAGAGCAGCCUUCUAAAAAGCAGAAUUGGAGUUAGUUACUUAAAAUCAUUAGUCUGUAAUUUGAUCAUUUACUCUUUAGUAAUUUGAUGGCUUAUUAACCUACCACUUCUGUAUACCAUUAGAAUUUAAUAACUGCAAGUAAAUAAUAGAAAAAUGGCUGAAAGUAGAUUUCUUUUUAGAAGAGUUUUGUACAGGAUGUCAUGACUAACUUAGAGUAAGUGGCUCACUUUCAAAAACCGAAUAAGUAUAUGUAAACCUGUUGUUGCAGAAACAUUUUUUUUAGCAUGAUCAAGUAGUUACCAAAUAUUGUGGAAAAGGGAAAUAUGGAAGGACUUUGUUCAAACUUUUCCAGUGUCACUUCAAACUCUUAACAUGUCUGUUCAAAAGAAUUACGUCUGUUUAUAAAGAAUCUCCUAGCCUACCUAUUACUGAAAAAAAUUAAAGGGGACCUAAUGUUAAACAAGUAUCAUUCCAUUAAAAAAAAUCACUAUAUUGCAUUUACUAUAUAAUAUUUUUUUAAGUCAUCCAUGGAACUGGGAGAUCCAUAUUGGAAAAAGAUACUUUUCUAUUUACUUAUCAGCUCUAUAACAUAACUUGGUUGGCAGCUUAAAGUUUAAUGCUUUUAAAUCAUUUUUCCUUAAUUGAAAAAAAUCACUAUAUUAAAUGCAUUUCUAUAAAUUCUUUUACAUUGAUCUUGAUAUGAAAACAUGAUCUUUAUAGUUAAUGGGCAAAUUGUAUUGCAUUUUGGAUGGCUUUGUCUAAUGUUUGAGGGAGGUUUUGAAAAAAUAAUCUGUUUAAUAUUUAAUCUUUUCUGUAGAUAUUAUUGCAGAAUCUUUUCUUUAGCAUUUGUUUGAAAACUACUAAAUCUUGACUGUCAUGUGCUUUUGAUCCAUAUAUAGAGAUAAACAAGCAAAAUAAUAUUUUAGUAGCUUCAAAGUUGUGUUGAAUGAUAUUCUUGCUCUGUGUAACGCUGUUGAAAAUAAAUUUCACUUAAAAUAA